AUGUUCCGCUGGUUAGGAGAGUUCCUACAUAACGAUAGCUACUCGGCCAUCGCCGGCUAUAUCUCCAUUGCUUGUUGGUUCGUCGUAUUACUACCACAACUAUGGGCUAUCUAUAAAACCAAAUCAAGCGACUCGGUAUCGAUUACCUUUGUAUGUCUAUGGCUUGCUGGCGACCUUCUCAACUUGGCCGGGAGUGUCCUCCAACAUUUACUUUUCACCAUGAUAAUCCUUGCAGUCUAUUACUGCAUUUCCGAUCUGGUUCUCUUCUGCCAGCUGCUUUACUACCGCAACAAUUCAUAUGCCGCCGAACGAACACCCCUCCUUGGUGAGGCUCCACCUCCCCGGCGUACUUCCUAUCUAUCAACUAUCCUUAAAGUUCUCUGUCUGACCGUCAUUGCUUGCGCCUUUGGGGCUUUGCUAUGCUAUUUUAUCGAGAACAAGAUACAGCAUGAAAGUGACCACAGUACACAUGAAAAAAGAGAUAAAGCCCUAGAGUUCUUGUGGUUGCCGCAAGUGUUAGGAUGGGGAAGUGCUUUCCUUUAUUUGGGAUCACGUAUACCCCAGAUAUUUUUGAAUUUCUGCAACAAGUCUUGCGAAGGUUUAUCGUUGGCUAUGUUCGGCUUCAGUGUAUUAGGGAAUGUGGCUUAUGUUCUGUCUGUCCUUUUCCAUUCAACCGACCCAACAUAUCUGCUUAUAAAUCUUUCGUGGUUAGUGGGCAGUGGAGGCACUCUAACUUUCGACUUCAUAAUAUUCUUCCAAUUCUACAUAUAUAGCAAGGAAUGGGCGGCCGAAAUUUGA